UCUUUGUCUGAAUUGCUUCAUUUUCAAAUGACUCUGCAUUAGUGGAGGAGAAGGCAUAAGUAACUAUAAUUCAGUUCAAAGAAACCCCAUGGAGUUCAAGGGAACUGCUGGAGGAGUUGAGAGUUGGGACCCAGUCCGCGGUGCUGAUAUCUGGGGAGUCGUGGCCGCUUGUUGUGAGCUUGUCUUCUUCUGAACCAAGGCAAUCGCAACCCAGAUUCUGAUCAAGCGCGGCUUCUUCCCGCUCUCUGUGCCUCGACAGAGGCCAAGUGCCCCUGGCAUCAUCCCACAGAGUCCUCCGUCCGGCUCGCCAAAGUGUCCAAGAACGCGGGGGCGGGAUUUGGACUAACAGCGGUGGGCGGAGCUUCCCUCGGCGCUUUCUGCCUGGGGAGAGUGGCGGAGAAGCUGCUGGCGGUGUAAGUCCAGGUGAGGAGGAGGCGGCGUCGACGUGGAACGCGCGGUGUGGGUGAGGUCCCGGAGCGACUGUUGUGGAAUUAGUGUCCCCGGGCAGAGCGUACAGCUGACGGGCGGAACGAAGCCACGCAGAGUAUACGGGGUAGGAAUAGCCGGCGUUUUUCUCUUCUCCGGUGCAAGAGGAGAGCGCUCGUGGGAAAGAGUUUAGGCACAGCUAGUUCCCGGCACCGGAUGAGUCACUCUUUGGACCAAGACGCGCGGCCUCUCCUUGCCUGAGACGAGCGAUCUGCGUUGGGUGCGAGCGAGCCAGAAAGCAGCUUCUCAAUUGGGCGGAGAGCCUCCCAGUCCCCUUCUGUAUACGCGAAGUUUAUUUUGUGCCUUCAGAGGACAAGAUAUUGUCAGAUCCUAAUAAACUUCAAGAAGCUGAAGAUGAUCUCUGUGUUGCGGCUCACUUGUUGGAUCUGUCUUGUUUCUUCUUCGUUCAGUAUUUGUGUACGCUUGAAGACCUAUGUGCUUGUAGGAGAGCCUACAUCUAUCUGCUGUCCACUAACGAUGUUGGCUUCUAAACAAUCUAAUUACACUGUGACUUGGUACAGAAAUGGUAGCGAUAUACCAAUAACUACAAAUAACUACUCCAGGAUCCAUCAACAAGGAAACUGGCUUUGGUUUAUCCCUGCGAGGAUAGAAGAUUCAGGAGAUUAUGAAUGUGGUAUUCAAAAUUCAACAAGAGAUAGCAAUUCACUAACUGUUUUCAAGAAUGAUGAUGGGUUAUGUUAUAAUAAAAAGUAUGCAUAUCCACAACGGACACGAUUGUAUAGUAAUGGAAAGUUAACUUGUCCUGAUCUCCAGAAUUUUGAAAAUGGAAGGACUUCACUUGCUUUGCAUUGGUUCAAGGCAUGCACUCCUGGAUUACCUAACGAUGGUAGAUUUGAGCCUGUUAAGAACUUCCUUUUAAUUAAAAAUGUAACUCAGAAAGAUGAAGGAAUGUAUAUAUGCCAGGCAACAUGGAAAUAUAUGGGAAGACAAUAUAAUGUAUCGUGGGCCAUCAGUCUGACUCUUUUUGGUACUCGAGAGGAAAAAGCAUUAGACAUCAUUUAUCCAAAUAAUAAUUCAAUUGAAGUAGAACUUGGGUCCAGUGUUGUUAUGAACUGUAAUGCCUCAUCGGGUAGUUUCAGUGGUCCAGUUGUAGUUUGGACACUCAACGAUGAGGAUUUAGGAACAAUACGCACACCGUAUUUCAAUAAAUCACCUUCUGGAAAGCUUUGGAUAGUAGGAGAAAAGUUUAAUAUUUCUGAAGUGAAAGAUAAAGACUACAAAAAAUAUUUCUGCACUGUAUCAUCUUCUGAAGAUGUAAGAGUUGUGUACCUCAUGUUAAAACCUCCAGCUCUGCGCUUUCAGAGGUAUUUGAUUGGAGGUCUUGUUUCACCACUGCUAGUUAUACUGGCAGCUCUGCUCAUCUACAAGUUUUUCAAAGUUGACAUUGUGCUUUGGUAUAGGGAGUCCUGCCAGAUUCUUCUCAGCAAAGGAGUUUCAGAUGGGAAGCUCUAUGAUGCAUAUGUGUUAUAUCCCCAAAAUGUAACAAAUUGUGCAUAUUCAUCUAAUAUCUUUGUCCUGAAAGUACUGCCUGAAGUCCUAGAAAAACAGUGUGGCUAUAAGCUCUUUAUAUUUGGAAGGGAUGAUUUGCCAGGGCAAGCGGUGGUCAGUGUUGUUGAUGAAACCAUGAAACGAAGCAGAAGAGUGAUCAUUGUGUUAGUACCAGAUUCGUCCUGCUGCAGCACGCAGAGACCUACGUCUGAGCAUGCAAUUGCAGUGUACAGUGCUCUUACUCAGGACGGAAUUAAAGUCAUACUGAUAGAGCUGGAUAAAAUAAAAGACUAUAACAACAUGCCAGAAUCGAUCAAAUAUCUUAAAGAAAAAUAUGGAGUGCUUACGUGGAAAGGAGACUUUUCAGAGAAGUCUUUAGUGGCAACAACAAAGUUUUGGAAAAACGUAAGAUACCAAAUGCCAGCCAGCAAAAGUGCACCUUCCUCAGAGUUUCACUUGCUGCCAGUAAUUUUAAAGUCUUCUUAGAUAUUAGUAGGAUCAUAACAAGACCUCAUUUGUACUGUUCUCUUGAACCUGUGGUGCAAGAAUUCUGACAGAUGUGCUACAUACAUAACUCCAGAUAAGGUUGCUGUCCCCAGGAUCGCUUGGGAAGUCCCUUUUCUAACAGGAUGUGUUCAGCCAUGGGCCUUGCAAGUUUUGGAUCAGCUACCUGGACAAGUGGCUAAAAGUGGAUGGUUGAGCAGAAAAUUCCUUUACAAAGGAAAGAAGUGAAGAUGAAGGAAAGUAUGUUUUCCCAUACAGUAUAUGCAGACUUUAUAUUUAGUGGGGUUUUAAUCUGAAACCCAAGGGUUCAAUUGGGACAGCUAUUAUAGCUGCUUUACUUGUCCCCCCUUUAAAAUAUAAUUCAAUAUGCAAUGCAUAUUAUUGUGGUAUCUCCCAAGGAGAAAAACUGUAAGAGAACACCAUAUUAUUUAGUUGGAUCAUCUUAUCACUGAGCAGAUGCAAAGCAAAGAACGUGAAUGAUCUCUGAUUUGAUCCACUCUUUUAGUAAAUGGUAAUGCAGCAAUCCUUAAUGUGGCAAAAUCACAUGACUGACAUUAAGUGAAGUGAUUUGGUGGUGAUUUUUCUUGAGAAUGGAAUAUUUGCAUAAUGUUUCAAAGCAACUAAACAUUUGCAUACUCAUUAGCACUUUAGCUGUAUCCAUGCAAUAUAAAAUGUUUCACAUUGGGUAGUAUUCAAUGUAGCACUAAGUAGAUAGUUUUGUCAGUGCAAGGAAUUUUCCUUGCGCAACAGAAUAAUCUCUCCCUCUCCUCCCUCUGUCUGCCCACAAAAUUUGUUCUGGGGGUUCCACCAACCCUCUGGAGCAGAUUUGGGUAUGGAGUGGGACACACAAGGGGGGAGGAGACGGAGAGCCCUGUUGCACCAGCACUAACUCUAGCACUAGAGCAAAAAAUUAGUUGAAUAUCAACCAUUAUUUCUAGAGGUUACAUUCUCUAGUGUGGAAGCUCACAUUUCACUUUUUAAGGUUUGUCCAAAUAGUUAGGGCUAGGAAGUGUCUUUCAUAGAAGAUAACUCAUUGUCUUCGUAACAACUGUGUAAUUGUUCCUAUGGAUUAAAUACUUUUGUGUAAUUAUGUAAUAACUCAUUUAACUUGCACAAUAAACUUAUUCCUAUUAA